AUGCUCUUCUCUCCCAUUAGCCUUUCCUGGACUUCACUGCGAUCGCUGAGGCCGCUCCAACCCUCCCGUUUCUUUUCCUUAUCCCGUUCGCGGUAUAACAUCGAAAUGGGGACCGUGGAGACCACCCAGCGUCUGGCGCAGCUGCGACAGCUAAUGCAGGAGCACAAGGUGGACGUAUACAUUGUGCCCUCAGAAGAUAGCCACCAGUCCGAAUACAUUGCGCCUUGCGACGGCCGCCGAGAAUUCAUUUCAGGUUUCUCUGGCUCUGCGGGUACUGCGAUUAUCUCCCUGAGCAAGGCUGCUUUGUCUACCGAUGGCCGUUAUUUUAACCAAGCCGCGAAGCAGCUGGACAGCAACUGGGAGCUCCUCAAGCGCGGCAUUGAGGGCGUCCCCAGCUGGCAGGAAUGGACAACUGAGCAAGCCCAGAGCGGAAAAGCUGUUGGAGUUGACCCCUCCUUGAUCACUGCCGCUGGCGCGCGAAAGCUUGCGGAGACCCUCGAGAAGCACGGAUCGUCUUUGGUAGGAAUUCAACAGAACUUGGUCGAUUUAGUUUGGGGCAAGGAUCGCCCGGCCCGGCCUGUCGAGAAAGUGCGUGCGCACCCGGUGAAGUAUGCGGGCAAGCCUUUCCAGGAUAAGAUUGCCGAUAUUCGCAAGGAGCUGGAAACAAAGAAGAAGGCUGGUUUCAUCGUCUCCAUGCUUGAUGAGAUUGCCUGGCUGUUUAACUUGCGAGGCAGCGAUAUCCCCUACAACCCCGUCUUCUUUUCUUAUGCUAUCAUCACCCCCACUACCGCAGAGCUUUACGUCGAUAGCUCGAAGCUUACACCCGAGGUCACGGCUCAUCUCGGCCAGGAUGUGAUAAUCAAGCCGUACGACUCUAUCUUUACUGAUGUUAAGGCUCUGAGUGAUGCGAGAAGCCAAUCCGGCGAGGCUCCUGCCAAGUUCCUGUUGUCAAACAAGACCUCCUGGGCUCUAAGCCUCAACCUGGGCGGCGAGGAUCACGUUGAAGAGAUUCGUAGCUCCAUCGCUGAUGCCAAGGCCGUCAAGAACGAGACCGAGUUGGAGGGCAUGCGCGCCUGUCACAUUCGCGAUGGCGCUGCCCUAACUGAGUACUUUGCCUGGCUUGAGAAUGAGCUCGUCAACAAGAAGACCGUCAUGGAUGAAGUCGAUGGAGCCGACAAGCUUGAGCAGAUUCGCUCGAAGCACGAUCUCUUUGCCGGUCUGUCUUUCGACACCAUUUCCUCCACCGGUCCCAACGGUGCCGUUAUUCACUACAAGCCGGAGAAGGGUAGCUGCUCGAUCAUCGACCCCUCGGCCAUCUACCUUUGUGACUCUGGUUGCCAGUAUUUUGAUGGAACAACUGAUACCACUCGUACCUUCCACUUUGGCACGCCCACUGCAUUCGAGAAGCGGGCGUUCACUUUGGUUCUCAAGGGUAUGAUCGGAAUCGAUACGGCGGUCUUCCCCAAGGGAACCAGCGGCUUUGCAAUUGAUGUUCUGGCUCGCCAGCACCUUUGGAAGGAAGGCCUUGAUUUCCUCCACGGAACCGGCCACGGCGUUGGCUCCUAUCUGAAUGUGCACGAGGGCCCCAUGGGUAUCGGAACACGCGUGCAGUACACCGAGGUUCCUAUUGCUGCCGGAAACGUGAUCUCUGACGAGCCCGGCUACUACGAGGAUGGCAAGUUUGGCAUUCGCAUUGAGAACAUCGUUAUGUGUCGCGAAGUCAAUACUCCCAAUAAGUUCGGUGACAAGCAGUGGCUCGGCUUUGAGCACGUUACAAUGACACCCAUUGGCCGUAACCUGAUCGAGCCAUCUCUGCUUAGCGACGCCGAGAUCAAGUGGGUGAACGACUACCAUGCCGAGAUUUGGGAUAAGACACACCACUUCUUCAACAAUGACGAGUUGACCCAGAAGUGGCUUGAGCGCGAGACCCAGCCCAUUUCGAAAUAA